UUUUCUUUCCUUCAAAAUUUGGUAUUUUUGUGCUUUUUUUUGUUUGAACUGUAAAAUAUUUAUCUAUUAUAAAAAAAUACAACCCAGUAUUAUGAUAUGCCAACAAUUGUGUGAUUAAAUAAAAUGUGCAUAUAAUACAAUUGAAUUAAAACUCUAUUUUCAUUGUAUAUCAAAAUGGAACAAGACGACGAGAUAAAAUCGGGUUGCUUAUUAUUUCCGCCAGCCGGGGGAAAUGUUUUUAGCAAAUUUCCAAAAAAGAAAAACUGGCAACAAAAAUACUGUAUAUUAUUCAAUGCAAGUAAGCAAGGCAUUGAAAGGCUGGAAAUAUAUGAUAAUAAAGAUGAAGUGACUACUGGUGCUAUACCCAAAAUAAUUACUCUAGAAAAUUGUAUUAAAAUUACACAUACUAGUCCAAACACAAUUACCAUUUUUACUAAGUCUCUCACGCAACAAAUAUGUGCUCCAUCAGAAGCAGAAACCUUAGAAUGGGUGACAGCUCUACAAUCUGUGGCAUUCAGAGGCAGAUCAUCAAGUCCAAUUAGUUGUGAUGAAGAUAAUGACCUCUAUUGCUCCUCAGGUGAAGGAGUAUUUUCUGUAAAGUUAUGUGCGUCAGAAGCUUCAACAAGAUGUGGUUUAGAAUCUAUAAGAUAUAUACUUCUGCUCACAGCAACAGCCAUUGAGUUGAGGGAUGCAAAUGAUAAUAAACUGUAUGCAACUUGGCCAUAUAGGUAUAUAAGACGCUAUGGUUAUAGACAGGGUAAAUUUACAUUUGAAGCUGGAAGAAAAUGUGACACAGGUGAAGGAAUUUUUCAUUUAGAGCAUCCAAAUCAAUCAGAAAUAUUCAAGUGUUUGUCAUUAAAGAUGAAGACAAUGAAGCAGAUGAUUGGUAAUGAUAAUUUACAUAGUCCUGAACAUUCUGAGUUUAAUAUUCAACCCAGCAUUAACUUGUUUCCUGGUUCAAGGAGUCCGUUAGUAGCAGCUAGGCCUGAUGAUCUGAAUUUGAGUUCCCUUUCAUUUAAAAGUGCUUCAGUUACCAGUCAACAGACUUCAAGCACUGAUAGAGACACAGCUCCACUAUUAAUGCCAAAACCAGCUCUUAAACCGAAACCUCAAAAGCCACCACGUAAAAUAAUCAAUGUUCCAAAAGCUAAAGAUAUUACAAGUUCAACUGAUGAAAGUAUUGAUUUUGGAAGAUACAGAAAGCUUGAUAAUUAUGAACCUAUAGAGCAAAUCAAGAAAGAAAGUCCAUUAGUGCCAUAUGAUAAAAUAGAAGUGAGAAAUGAAGCUUGGAAAACAUUAGGUAUAGAUGAUCCUGAUCAUACCGAGUUUACCCCAAACUUAGGUGACAGUCCAAACUGUAUGAAACUUAUAUCUAGGUCUCAAGAUAAUUUAAAUACAUCUGGGCCAGAAUCAUCAAGGAUUAUUUUAUUACCAAGUCCUGUUGUUGAUCCAGAAGAUGAAAAUUAUGAUAGAUUACAGUAUUUUGGGUCAACUAGUAAACUCAAUAAGUCAUCUAAGUACAAAAAAAUUGAAGCUAGACCUACAACAUUGGCUUUGAAUGAUUCCAAAAAUAAAGAUACCUGGAAUGACUAUGAUGAAGUGGAAAAUGUUAUGCAAACAGCUAGACUAGCAGAUGAUUCACAUCUAGGGUAUGGAAUGAUCCGGAAACCGAACACACCAGGCCCUCAAGUGCCUACAGCUGCACAAGCUCAAGUACUUCAAAACCAAAUUGGCUUGGAAGAUGUGACACAUAAUAAUUGCAAUGGAACUGAUUAUGCAAUUGUUAGCCGUCCAAAACGAGUAUAAUAGAGAUUAGAUAUUUAAGACUGAAAAUACAAUGAAUUUUAGUUGAUUGAAUAAAUUUGAAAAUAAUUUUUUUUUGUGAAAAUGUCACUGUCAGUGCUUAAAAUUUUUGAAAAUCUAAUAAAUCUUGAUCAUUUAAUAUUGUGACAUUUGAACUUUUAUAUUUUAAUGCAGAAAAGAUAUGUUACUUCUUCUUACUACUAUCUUGGAAUAAGAUUUUAGCUGUUUUGUACAUAUAGAACACUUUUUACUCCCAAGAAUUUUCAUUCAAUGUUCAUAGGAUUUAAUUAUUCUGAUAUAUUUUUAUUGACAAUUUUUAAUGCCAUGCUUGGAUAUUUUCUAAAUAGUGAGUGAUUUUAUGGAUACCAUUUGUUGUGAUAUAAAAUUCCAUCUAUGAAAUGUUUAUAUUUUGUCUAAGAGAUAUAUUUGGAAUCUGCAAUUUAAAAUUGAAGACUGUUCAAGCAUUCCUUGUAGCAUACAUACAUGUAAUGUAAAUUUAGAUUAUUUUUAAAAGUAUUUUUAUUGUUUUAACGAAUUUUCAUGUAACUAUGUGAUUUCUCAGUGCCUUGUAUUUCUAGUAUUAUUAUCUGUUAGUUCAGAUCUGAUAUAAUUUAAUUAUAAGAUAAUUUUUUACCUUUUAUGGUGAUUUUUAUAAAUUUACAACAUAUUAAGUAAUGUUAAUAUUUUUAGAAAGGAAAUUUAUGAAAUGGUGAUUUAGAUUUAAUUCUAUGGAAAGUUAGUGUUAGCAACAAAAUUCAAACUCUGAUUUAUACAUUUAGUAAUUCUAAAUGCAUAUUUCCUAUGUUUGAUUACCAUCUGGUGCCAAUAUAAGUACAAUAAUUAGCUUGAAAGUGUUUUUUUAUAAAAUAAGCACAAAUAUAUAACCAUUAUUAGUACAUAAUCCUUGUUUAUAGUAAGUUUUGCCAUAUACAAAAUAUUUAGGAAUAUGAUUAAGA